AUGGCGGCUGAUGCGCGCGAAACGGUGGCAGGCUGCCAGCUUGACCUCACGGUGUCUCCGCCAGCAAACAAGGUUGACCUCACGGUGUCUCCGCCAACCAACAAGGUUGACCUGACGGAUUCGCCGCCCAAGAACCAGCAGGUCGACCUCACUUCGCCGACAAAGGGCCAGGGCGACUCGUUGCCGCAAGAGACUGGCUUCAGAACCCCUGAGCCAAACCGGCCGCAGGAUUCACCGCCAGCCACAAAGCGGAGACGCCGCUUAGACGCUGAUGGACUGGCCAAGAUGACGAUGGAGCGGCAGCCUUCGUCACUCGACCACGGAGGAGGCGUGUGCACUUCGCUGCCCAGUGCACCCCCGCAAGCUUUCUCGGAGGCCGACGUUCUAGUCAUCCCGCCGGAUGGCCUCUGUGGCUGGCAUUGCCUAGUCGCCAGUCGGGACGUUCAAGGUUUCCUGGCAGUGGAGCGGACUUCCCUUGGCUACGCCAAAGCCGCGGACCGACUGCGGCUAGAGACACAUCAAGCACGCACGCUCUGCAAAGAGACCUGUGACCUUGCGCUCAAGCGCAGCCCGCACCAGCAGGAGGCUAUAGAACGAGUUCGAUGCCAAGAGUUCUUUGCCAUGGAGGACCUUGCUUGGAUAGCGGAUGCUUUGCAGAUUUCCGUUCGGGCUUCGUGCGAUCCAGAGGCCUUGCAAAAGAUCUCCAGGGUCGGCGCAGAGAACCCCCCGCGCGAAGGAAUUUACGGACGUGGUCAGCUCGAACCCCUGCAGAACAAUGCUAUGGCUGGGAAUGUGACCCAGAGGACGCAGGUCGACUCGGACGACGAAAAGCCCGAGAAGACACAGAGGGACCCAGAGGACGAGUCCGCAAGCCCUGCCAACAGCAAGAAGGACAGACGGUCGCCACCCGAGACGCCCACAGAGAUGGCUCCGGACUCGGCAUCCGAAGGUGUUCCAGAGGCUGCACCGAAGCCAACCAGCAGCAAAGAUAUCGCGCUGAUGAAUGUGCGGCAGCUGCAAGCAGAGUGUCGGCAGGAGGGCCUGCGAGUGCGCGGCAACAAGGCAGAACUGCUGCGCCGACUGCGUGAGGCGCGAGGCAUCGCGCAGGAGGAGCAGGCAGCACUGCCAGCGAUGCAGGAUGAGGAGGAGUCCGCGCGAGGAGAGGAGGCGGCUGUUAAGCAGGAGGCGCCGACAGAGAAAGUCAGCGAUAGAAAGGAAAAGGCCACGACUCCAUUCCUCCAUUUUUACCGCGCAAUCAAGAAUACCCUGACUGCCAAGGGUUGCAGAGGCAUGAUGCGUGAGGCGUCCGCAAGGUUCAAGUCCUUGAGUGACGAGGACCGGGCGCCCUACGAGAAGAUGCAGGUAGAGGAGGAGAAGGCGCUGCAAGCGCAAAAGAAGCGGAAGCUCGUGGAUGCCGUUCUCAAAGACACGCAGUGCACCAGCAUGGGUCGGUGCUUUGUCAAAUUCGUGGAACAGGCCAACCAGGAAGUUCAGGAAGUGGAGGCGAAGCUAAUCCACGUGACCGGAACUGACAGAAACCACAUCAAAGGCUUUUUUUGUGUGGACUGCGUGCUGGUCUACAGAGCCUUGGACCUUGCAGGUUGCCCUGACUGUCGCCAAAGUGUCUGCCGAGUUACCAAGUGUUUAGCCGAGGACAAAGACGUUUACUUGGUGGAUCGCCCCGGAAUGCUUUUGCCAGCAGAGACGGACAUAGAGGAUUUCCGGCUCAGACCUCCGGAUAUCAUGGUUCCGGACACUUUGAAACAUUUUCUUCCUAAGAUUCCAAAGGGCAUCACCAUCGAGGAAGAGGCGAUGUUGCUCUUAGGAUCUGCAGUCGACGAGAUCGUGUCCUCGCUGUUUCAUCGGGCACACCUGUUGAAUCAACACCGUGGCAAAAAGGAGUUGAGAAUGGAUGAUUUCAAACUUGCACUGACACUGGGCGACGAAAGGCAAAUGCUGGACAGUCUUCGAAAAUGCCAAAGAGAAGCCAAGGAGGAAGAGGAGAGAGAAGAGAUUGACAAAGCAGAACAGAAGCGCAAGCGUGCGUUAGAAGGGCCCAAGCCGAAAGCGGCAGCGAAGAGCAGAGGCCGCAAAGCGCCGAACGCGCCAGGGAGGCAGGUGAGCAGACUAGUUUGCUGGGCACAAAUUAAAAGCUAUGGCGAAUCCAAUAGCAUUGUUACGCGAGCUAUUGGAAGCUUCAUGACGAAGAAGGCCUCCCGGAGGGCGUGGGCGGACCGGUCACGGCUGGAGGCCUCCCGGAGGGCGUGGGCGGACCGGUCACGGCUGGAGGCCUCUCGGAGGGCGUGGGCGGACCGGUCACGGCUGGAGGCUCAGCUAGAGACACGAGACGUCUUCCAUCAAGGGGCAACGGCUCGCCAUCCAGCUUGCCACAUGCCCAAGCGUCCAGAGUGGCGCCCGUUCGAUGAGUACACACACGUGCUUGGCCAACGACCUGCGGGCGCGGCGGAUGAUCUAGAAGAGCGUUUUCGGCUUGCCUCCAAGGCCUGGAUGGCAAGCUUUUCCAGCCGUGAUGAUGGUGCGUGCUUGGGCAAGCUGUCCACAGCAUGGGAAGCGCAGCAGAAGUUGAAGGCAAACAUGUUCUGCAUGGAGUGCACGGGCUGCCACGCUGGAAAAGGUCGUCGCUUCCGGGCGGAGUGCUCGCUGAACCAGGACGAUGAUACCGUGCGUUUGCAGAUUCUCGUUGCUGGUGAGUGCAGUGGCCAAGCGCGUGUGCUGCGCGAGUCCUUGUCCGAUCAGCCGCCUACCGUGACCGAGCGAAGACGCUUGAAGAUCGCCACUGCACUUGUAGCAGCGGAAGGAGAGGAGGUGACUCCUUCGCAUGUGGCGAGACGCAUGGCAGCUCAGGGUAGCGCGCCAACCAUGAAUGCGCAAGCACUCCGCCACCAAGUGCGUGGCUUCGAUCCAGCUGCAUUCUUGCGACCUCGUCGCCAGAAUGCACCGCCGGUCACGGGGGUCGCAGAUUGGCAGCGCUGCCUGGCGGAACAUCGGGACGCAGAUGCCGGCCUCCUUUGUUUCGUGGUGAGCCCGCCGUCGGGGUCUUUCGUGGCCACUCUGCCACCUAUGCUGAACCACCUGGCAGCUGUGCAUCAGGCCAACUACUUGGGCAUGUGGACGCUCAGUGCCGAUUGCACCUUCAGAGUCGAGGUUGGGAGAUGGGUGUACUUGAUGGUUACAGCCAGCGUGCAUCGUUUGCUUUCAGACAGAUGGAGGGUGGCUUUACGAGAGCUUCAAAAAGAGCUGGAGCGACGGGACGUGCCCAUGCCCUGUCAGAUUCACACAGAUCACUUCCCUGGACUACGGCAAGUGUGCAAAGCGACCUUCCCAUCCUCCCGUCAUGUACCGGGAAUGGAACACAUGUUCCGCAAUUUCGCUAAGAGCGAGAUCAGGGAUCGUGAAACGGGAGAGCCACUCCGCGUGCCGAGGCUUGCAUCGCGGCCGUUGCCAGUGGUAAUUGGGCACCUACACCGGCUGGCGCGCGUUCCGACGCUCAGCCUGUUCAUGCUUCUGGCAUCCGAGUGGUUGCAGCGAAUGACCCACGAAUGGCCGGACCCUGACUUCGCUGCGUAUCUGAGAAGGCAGUACUUCCACGAAGGCCCCGUGGAUGCGCAGAUCUAUGGCAUCGAAACGGGGCUGAAAGCUUCUUUCUGGUAUGGCCACGCCUCCAAAACCGUGGCAGGGCAUCCACCUAGCCAGCAACAAAGCGAGGCAUCCCAUCGACAGUUCAAGAGGAUCGUCGGCAAGUCCCCUAACGACAAGCUCCCAGCCGUGAUUGAGCGCUGCAAAAGUGCUGUGGCUUUAUGGUCCAGCGUCAGUACUUCAACCGAGGCGUCCUAUGGCCUGGUGACACCAAGCGGGAAUACCGGCGGAGUUCCGCUGUCCCCAGACUUAUGGAUGGUUCAGCGAGAUGGUACAGGGCUUUGGCGGCAUCACCUGCCGGGGUCUGGGACGGUCAUUGUGCCAGCUGUCUGGCGGAUCCAUGACGAUGUUGGCCGGACGCCAUCCUGCGUCGUUGAGGACAGCUUCAGCACUGGGCGCUGCUUCAUCAUGCGCACGGGAACACCAGGGCCGGUCGACUCAGGGCAUGCCCGGCAGAUGAUGGCCCAGCUUCGAACUCGCAACGUGCCACAGCUCAAAGCGCUCCUGCAGCAGCACGGCGUCUUGCUCUCGGUCGCGAAUGAGUUGGCUCCGUGGAAGAUUUCCUUCCCCUCCCUCGAUCGCUUCUGGACAGAGCACUGCGUGGUGAUCUAUAGAUCGAGAAGUGGCCAGCCGGCGGCCAGCUCCCAGGAGCAGAUAAUUGCAGGUGACAUCGUUCAGUGCACAUGUUGGUACCACCUUCGCAAGGGCCACUGUCCUCACCAGUACUACGUGCAGGAGCGCCUGGGUCUGCGGGUACACAGCGCCGGCGUACUGCCUACGGCUGCGGCGGCUCGGGUAUCUCUCGAAGAUGACGGGAGCUCCCGAGAAUCGCGUAGGACCAAAGUUCGGAAGCGUCUCUUCAAGAAGAAGCGCCGUGCAGAGUAUAGGCCUCGAGCUGUUUUGCCUCUGCAAGAGCUGCUUGAGGAGAAGGAGGACGCGUCGGUGCCUGCGCCGAAGCGGCUUGCCAAAGUCCUGCCGGCCCAAAGAGCCGCGCGAUAG